GCUCUUAAAGAAACAUAACCCACACCCUCGCUCCAUGCACUUGUCUCUCUUGUCUAUCUUCUUCUCUCUCUUCAUAAUUUUGCAUUAUAAAAACACGUCCACUUUGCUCCUCCAUCUUCAAAACAAUCUCUUCGUCUUCUUCACUCUUAUUCUCUUUCUCUCUCUGACACAUCAACUACUUAUCCUUGCUGCAUUCCUCUCUCUCUCUCUCUCCACACACACACACACACACACACACAAACAAGGACACUUACUAAAGAUAUGUCGAGCAGAAGAUCAUCACGUUCACGACAGUCAGGAAGCUCAAGAAUCUCUGACGAUCAGAUUUCCGAUCUUGUUACUAAGCUCCAACAUCUCAUCCCUGAGCUCCGCCGCCGCCGUUCUGACAAGGUGUCAGCAUCUAAAGUACUACAAGAGACUUGCAACUACAUCAGGAACUUACACAGAGAGGUUGAUGAUCUCAGUGACCGUUUGUCGGAACUCUUGGCUUCAACGGACGACGACAGUGCCGAGGCAGCCAUCAUUAGGAGCUUGCUUAAUUAUUAAAAUUCUCACUAAUUAGUCUUGAGAACUAUAAAUCAUCGAUUUCCGCCACGGAAAUGUAUCUUUAUUAUGAUUAUGAGUAUUUGUUUCCUUCUACUUCCAAUAUUAUGUUAUAGCUAGGGUUUCGGGUCAUUGUUAGGCCAACUCAUAUAUUAUAUAUGGUUUAUGUAUGUAUGCAACUUAAUUGUAUGUGAGGGUCCAGAUAUGGCUGUAUAGUAGCCUGUGUAUCAUGAGAUCCUCUAAUAUUAUGAUUAAUGACACAGUCCGUUUUCCUUGAAUUA